CAACAACAACAUCAUCAUCAUCACAACUUUGCCAUCUGCUUCUGCUUCCAGCAACCCCCUAGAUACCCCCCUUUUUUAGUACUACCAAACAAAACAAAUCGCUCAAAAUGGCUCGCAAGUUCUUUGUCGGCGGUAACUUCAAGAUGAACGGGACCCGUAAGGAUCUCAAGGCCAUCGUUGACAACCUUAACAACGCCCAAUUGGACCCUAACGCCGAGGUCGUGAUCGCCCCUCCCGCUCUCUACCUUGACUUCGUCAAGCAGAACCUCCAGAAGCCCAACGUUGAGGUUGCCGCCCAGAACGUCUUCAACAAGCCCAACGGCGCCUUCACCGGCGAGAUCAGCGCCACGCAGCUCCUGGAUCUCGGCGUCAAGUGGGUCAUUCUCGGCCACUCUGAGCGCCGCAACGAGCUCGGCGAGUCGGACGAGUUCAUUGCCUCCAAGACCAAGUACGCCCUCGACAACGGCAUCUCGGUCAUCUGGUGCUGCGGCGAGUCCAAGGACACGCGCCAGGCCGGCGAGACCAUCAAGUUCGUCGAGAACCAGCUCGCCGCUCUCGCCAAGGAGAUCAACGACUGGAAGAACGUGGUUAUCGCCUACGAGCCCAUCUGGGCCAUUGGCACCGGCCUCGUCGCCACCAAGGAGCAGGCCCAGGAGGUGCACGCCGCCAUCCGCAGCUGGCUCAAGCAGAACGUCAGCGACAAGGUUGCUGAGGAGACUCGCAUCCUCUACGGUGGCUCUGUCAACGCCAAGAACUGCAAGGACCUUGCCAAGGAGCAGGACAUUGACGGUUUCCUUGUUGGCGGUGCCAGCUUGAAGCCCGAGUUCGUCGACAUUAUCAACGCCAACCUGUAGAUUACUUGCCCAUAAAAGUUAUAGCUUUGUAACAGCCGCACUUGUAUAGGCUGGGAAAUGGUGUUGAGGACACGGCGAAAAUACAAAAAAGUUAAAUGUCCUGAA